CACAUUGAAGCUGUUCUGGUGGCUCGGGGUGGCCCAACACCCUAUUAAGACACUGUUGGUUUUGCCUUUAUUUUGGUUGUUACCUGUAUUGCCCUGUGUAAUGCCAUGUUGACAGAUGCUUGGCUGAGAAGACCGUAGAUAGUUUAGUGUAGAUACUUAGUCUUAGGGAUGGCCUGUGAUGAGGUCACUUUUAUCCACUUUUUAUACMACCUGUUUAAACUGCAGGCACUGACUGACUAUAUAGAUAUACCCUAAGUACAAGUACAUAUAGCCUGGAUUUAAGAUCUUGUGCAAACUGGUUUCUGAUGGAAGCAAUUUCAUGUCUAGAUCAGGUUCCUCUGAUUUCUACUGUAUGUAUGGUCUUUGCGCUUCUACCUGUACUACGCUGGUAACAGCGAGAGUAACAUCCACAGUAAUCUGACUACAGUGACAUGCUGCAGUAAUGAGGGACCUGUAGGUUCGUGUGGCGUGUGGUCCGUUGCCUCUAUAGCAGCUYAUCUCUUACGUAAUCAUGGAAGACUGAGUUAGUUGGAUUGGUUCAUCAGGGUGUAUAUAUAAAAAAUUAACAAUUGAAGGUCCUUUAAAAUUCACAGCUUUUCCUUUCCUCAUUCACUCUCCAUCUCUACACCAAUGUUGUCCUCCCCCUCUCCACCAGAAGUCUCCCUAUACUAGUAGGCCUCUACUGACCGUUUCUCGUUCUCUCCCUAUGUGUGUAGACGUGCCRGCGCCGGAGCAGCCRGAGCUGUUCCUGAAGAAGCUGCAACAGUGCUGUACUGUUUUUGACUUCAUGGACACKCUGUCUGACCUAAAGAUGAAAGAGUACAAGCGCUCCACGCUCAACGAACUGGUGGACUAUGUCACCGUCAGCAGGGGCUACCUGACAGAACAGGCCUACCCGGAGGUUGUCAAAAUGGUGUCUUACAACAUAUUCCGSACCCUUCCGCCCACGGACAGUAAUGAGUUUGACCCAGAGGAGGAUGAACCCACACUCGAGGCCUCAUGGCCGCACUUACAGCUGGUGUAUGAGUUUUUCAUACGAUUCUUGGAGAGUCAAGAAUUCCAGCCCAGCAUUGCCAAAAAGUACAUAGACCAGAAAUUUUUUCUACAGCUCUUGGAGCUCUUUGACAGUGAGGACCCUCGAAGAGAUUACCUGAAAACAGUCUUACACAGAAUCUAUGGGAAAUUCCUGGGGCUGAGGGCUUUUAUACGAAAACAGAUAAAUAAUAUUUUUCUACGUUUUGUUUAUGAGACUGAGCACUUUAACGGGGUUGCUGAGUUGCUGGAGAUCUUGGGAAGCAUAAUCAAUGGUUUUGCCCUGCCGCUCAAAGCAGAGCACAAACAGUUUCUGGUCAAAGUGUUGAUCCCCCUCCACACUGUCAGGAGUCUGUCCCUCUUCCACGCACAGUUGGCGUAUUGCAUUGUACAGUUCCUAGAGAAAGACCCAGCGUUAACAGAACCAGUCAUCAGGGGCUUACUGAAGUUCUGGCCAAAAACCUGCAGUCAAAAAGAGGUUAUGUACCUGGGGGAGCUGGAGGAGAUCCUAGACGUGAUCGAGCCGACACAGUUCGUCAAGAUCCAGGAGCCGCUUUUCAAACAGAUCUCCAGAUGCGUAUCCAGCCCACACUUCCAGGUGGCAGAAAGGGRCCUGUACUACUGGAACAACGAGUACAUCAUGAGUCUGAUUGAGGAGAACUCCAGCYUUAUCUUACCCAUCAUGUUCGCCAGCCUGUACAGGAUCUCCAAAGAACACUGGAACCCCGCGAUAGUGGCGUUGGUGUACAACGUACUGAAAGCCUUCAUGGAGAUGAACAGUACCUUGUUUGAUGAGCUCACAGCUACUUACAAGUCAGACCGCCAGCGUGAGAAGAAGAAGGAGAAGGAGAGGGAGGAGCUUUGGAAGAAGUUAGAGGACCUGGAGCUGAAGAGGAGCCUUAGGCGUGACGGGAUAAUUCCCACUUAACGAAGCGCCUCCUCUCCCAUCCAUGUCCACCGGAGCACGCCCCGCGGAUCCUGUACGGCCAUCUGGAAUGGCCAUCUGGAAUGGCCAUCUGGAACGGCCAUCUGGAACGACCAUCUGGAACGGCAUGGAGCGACCGGGUUUUUUGUUGUUUUUUUCUGUAUUGUGCGACUUACUUUAUGGUAGAUUCACACGUUGUUUCAUUAUUUCAACAGCACUGUAAAUAACUUUUAUCCUUAAACUGCUAUUAUUGCAAAAUAAAAAUUGUUUCAAAAAAAAUUCUAACGCGAUAAGGAACUUGUGUGGGGGUAAAAAUAUUCUUUGGACAUUAAGACUUGAAAUGAACAGCAAAAAUAACAGAUUGUUUUAACUUCCCUCCUAUUUGAGAACCCCACCCACUCUCCUUGAAUAUCUCUCAUCUCUGGUUCUACUCUUUGCUCUUUCUCUCUUCUCUCUGUCCCUCUCACACUUUGGUGCUUCUGUACCUCUCUCCCUUUGUGGGACGUCCUGACUGAGUGAGAUACCUGGGAGGCCCCGCCCUGACCAAGAGGGCACCCCUUCUCWAUAAGGACCACCCUCUCACCCCUCCUGACCUGACUCAUGCUGAAGCUAUGCUGGUAUUAUAUUAUGGACCCAUUYGCCAUGAGGAAAUGAAUUUAACCCCUCYUCCCUCUCAACCCCUCCUCCAAGAGGCGAACAUGUUAAGGUCCUGUAUGUACAGGGACUAAAAUAAAAAAACAAGGGAAGAUCUCCAUACACACACUUACAUUCAUUCUCUCGCCCCAUUUUUCUCCCCACUUCCACAUUUGUUUCUUUUCACUUGUGUGUGUAUGUCUCCCCAAUGAUUGAUUGGUUUCUGUCAGUUCAGUUGUCUCUUUGGUUUUGUGGACUUUGACCCUGCAGUACCAGGUAGCCUGGUAUCAGUCUGGUACUGGUACCCUCCAGCCACACAGAAAAUAUGAAAAAUGUAAAAAAKCGAUUGCAAGCUAUAGAGGAGCACCAAACUKGCCUAUUGUGAAAAGGAGUGUCACUCCCAUGUGUGCUUUACACAGUAUUACAAACCUGUAUAUUGUUAUUAAACGCAGUACACUGAUA